CGGGGCUGGGAGUUGAGGAGCUGAGAGCGGAGCUUGAAACUCACUGGAAAGUUCAGUGGCGCCGCGACUUGCCAGUUUUCACUCCAGGAACUUUUCUUUGCAGGAGGAGAAGAGAAGGGGUGCAAGCGCCCCGCUUUUGCUCUCUUUCUUCCCCUCCUCCUUCUCCUCUCCAGUUCGCCUUCCCCCACUUGGAGCGGGCAGCUGCGGGCUGGCCACCGCGCGCCUUCCUAAGUGCUCGCCGCCGCAGCCGGGUGACGCGCCAGGCUCCCCGGGAGCCGCUCGCUCCGCGUCCGGGCAGCCGAGGGGAGAGGAGCCCGCGCCUCGAGCCCCCGAGCCGCCGCGGCUUCUCGCCUUUCCCGGCCACCCGCCCCCUGCCCCGGGCCCGCGUAUGAAUCUCCUGGACCCCUUCAUGAAGAUGACCGACGAGCAGGAGAAGGGCCUGUCCGGCGCCCCCAGCCCCACCAUGUCCGAGGACUCGGCGGGCUCGCCCUGCCCUUCGGGCUCCGGCUCGGACACCGAGAACACGCGGCCCCAGGAGAACACGUUCUCCAAGGGCGAGCCGGACCUGAAGAAGGAGAGCGAGGAGGACAAGUUCCCCGUGUGCAUCCGCGAGGCGGUCAGCCAGGUGCUCAAGGGCUACGACUGGACGCUGGUACCCAUGCCAGUGCGCGUCAACGGCUCCAGCAAGAACAAGCCGCACGUCAAGCGGCCCAUGAACGCCUUCAUGGUGUGGGCGCAGGCGGCGCGCAGGAAGCUCGCCGACCAGUACCCGCACCUGCACAACGCCGAGCUCAGCAAGACGCUGGGCAAGCUCUGGAGACUGCUGAACGAGAGCGAGAAGCGGCCCUUCGUGGAGGAGGCGGAGCGGCUGCGCGUGCAACACAAGAAGGACCACCCGGAUUACAAGUACCAGCCGCGGCGGAGGAAGUCGGUGAAGAACGGCCAGGCGGAGGCCGAGGAGGCCACCGAGCAGACGCACAUCUCCCCCAACGCCAUCUUCAAGGCGCUGCAGGCCGACUCGCCUCACUCCUCCUCCGGCAUGAGCGAGGUGCACUCCCCGGGCGGCGAGCACUCGGGGCAAUCCCAGGGGCCCCCGACGCCACCCACCACCCCCAAAACCGACGUGCAGCCGGGCAAGGCUGACCUGAAGCGAGAGGGGCGCCCCCUGCCAGAGGGGGGCCGACAGCCCCCCAUCGACUUCCGCGACGUGGACAUCGGCGAGCUGAGCAGCGACGUCAUCUCCAACAUCGAGACCUUCGACGUCAACGAAUUCGACCAGUACCUGCCGCCCAACGGCCACCCGGGGGUGCCGGCCACGCACGGCCAGGUCACCUACACGGGGAGCUACGGCAUCAACAGCACGGCGGCGACCCCGACGGGCGCGGGCCACGUGUGGAUGUCCAAGCAGCAGGCGCCGCCGCCGCCCCCUCCGCAGCAGCCCCCGCAGGCCCCGCAGGCCCCGCAGGCGCCCCCGCAGCCGCAGCCGGCGCCCCCGCAGCCGCAGCCGGCGCCCCCGCAGCCGCAGCCGGCGCACACGCUGACCACGCUGAGCAGCGAGCCGGGCCAGUCCCAGCGAACGCACAUCAAGACGGAGCAGCUGAGCCCCAGCCACUACAGCGAGCAGCAGCAGCACUCGCCGCAGCAGAUCGCCUACAGCCCCUUCAACCUCCCGCACUACAGCCCCUCCUACCCGCCCAUCACCCGCUCGCAGUACGACUACACCGACCACCAGAACUCGGGCUCCUACUACAGCCACGCGGCGGGCCAGGGCUCCAGCCUCUACUCCACCUUCAGCUACAUGAACCCGGCGCAGCGGCCCAUGUACACGCCCAUCGCCGACACGUCCGGGGUCCCUUCCAUCCCGCAGACCCACAGCCCCCAGCACUGGGAACAGCCCGUCUACACACAGCUCACCAGACCUUGAGGAAACCUUGCACGGAGGGUGAUGACGACUUUGACGAUCAGAAGGAGAACCGAAGAAACCAAUCACCAAGCAGAAUUUCCUUGGGGACGUUUUCCCCCACCUCGUUCCGUAAAGACGUUUAAGCUAAAGGCAACUCAGACCCAGAUUGCAAGACACAAACCUUAGCCAUCCAGACGCAUUACCACCUUGUUGCAAAUCGGGGGCCAGGCCGCUCUUGGCCGGAUGGACCGUUGGAAAACCCGUAAGAAACCGGACUCGAAGACCUUCUUCAGAGCAAUCACGGAGGAUAAUGGAGAAUCGUGUGAUCAAUUUAUUUGCCCAGUCUCUCUGCCUGUUUGGACUUUGUAAUUAUUUUUUAGCAGUAAUUAAAGAAAAAAGUCCUCUGUGAGGAAUAUUCUCUAUUUUAAAUAUUUUUAGUAUGUACUGUGUAUGAUUCAUUACCAUUUUGAGGGGAUUUAUACAUAUUUUUAGAUAAAAGAAAUUAAAUACUCUUAUUUUCCCAACAGCUAAACUACUUAGUUGAACAGCGUGCCCUAGCUUUUCCUGCCACCAGAGUAUUUUUGUACAGAUUUGCUUUCUCUUACAAAAAAAAAAAAAAAAAAAAAAAAGUGUGCGUGUUGUUGUAUUAACAUAAAAAAAACACACAAAUUUGUGUUAGGCGAUCAGUUUUGGGGGGUUAGCUUUGCUUAAUUCCUCAGGCUUUCUGAUUCAAGGAGGAGCUGCCUUAGAGAAAUAAAGGCCUUAGUUUGCAAAUAUGGAAGUAAACCAUAGUUUAGAGAAGCCUUUGGUAAGCUUUAUCAUAUAUAUUUUUUUUAAAAAAAAAAAAACAAGAGAAAAUACCUUGAGCCUUAAAACCAUGCUGCUGCGUUUGCUUGUUUGCUGCAAUCUUGAGAGAGAAGUAGAAACCAAGCAAAGGAGCUGAAAUCUGUUCUGGGAAUGUUUCAGCAGCCAAGUGUCCCAGCGCACUGCCCCCUGGUUGCCUGCUCAAGCCCCAUGUGGGGUACAGAUGCUAUGGCCUUUCUCUGACACUGUCACUGUGCCUCUCCGAACACCAGCAGUUGACCUUCAAGACAUUCCACGUGCUAAAAUUAUUUAUUCUGUAAGGAGAGGUUUUCAUUAAAAAAAAAAAAUCUUUCUCUUUAAAAAAAUUUUUUUUUUUUUAAUUUUACCUUCUUUAAAAUAGGUUGUUGGAACCUUCCUCAAAGGGUAUGGUCAUCUGUUGUUAAAUUAUGUUCUUAACUGUAACCAGUUUUUUUUUAUUUAUCUCUUUAAUCUUUUUUUAUUAUUAUUAAAAGCAAGUUUCUUUGGA